AUGAAAAUGGAAGAAAACGAAAUAUUUUCACCAUUUGAUUCACGAGAAAAAGGAAACUUAGUACAAAUAGCAAAGAAGAUGUGUGCAGUUUAUGGUGACGAUGCUGUAGCCGAUGCAGCUGUUCGUAAGCGGUUCGCCAGAUUCAGGAGCAAAAAUUUUGAUCUGGAAGACUGUGAACGUUCCAAUAGGUCUACGAUCGCUGACAAUGCCCAAAUCAAAAUGCUAAUCAAAAUUAAUCCCGGUCACAUGACACAAGACAUUGCUGAUAUACUCCACAUAUCUCAUAUGAGUGUUGUAAGGCAUUUACGAAACAAUUGGAUACGUAAAUCGCUAUGA